ACACAAGGCGACCAAUUGUUCCGUGCCUGCCUGUUUGUCAGGCCGAGUUGUCGUGUAGCAAACGUCUCAAGUCUCGUGGAAAAGAGGAAACGAGUCGUAUGCAGUGGAGAAGCGAAUGCGGUGCAUGUGUUUGAUUUGUCAGGGCAUUUGUUUGGAUGUUUAUGCUCCCCAUCUCGGCGCUCGGCUGUCGUCAAGUUCGCUGCAAGGUCACGGUCAAAAGUCUAAUUUCCCUUGUUCGAAACGUGCUUGCUUUGCUUGCUUUGCUUGCCCUCCAUAUCAUAAGGCAGCCCGUUGUACAAUUGUCAAUUUCCUUCCAUGUCCAUGUGAGAGAUGGAUAUCAUCUACACCGAGGCCGCUGUCUUGUUGUUCUGAGACUUGUACAAUUGCAUGUGCCCCUCCGUACACCGCCUUCACCUCGCCAAGCCCUAUACACCGCCUUCUCCUUGACGAGAAGAACAGGGACGAAGACGUUUCAAAUAGCUACAACAUGACUCUGCCAUCCAUAACACUCCUCUUAUCAACUCUGACGACUUAUGAGAAUAGUUAUUCAUACAUGUCAACAGAGAUCUUCCAUGCAGUGUCACGUCCAACCAUCUUCUGCAUAUGAUCAAGCAUGUGCAAAUCCUCUACUUCCCAAUGGCUGCACAAACCGUUGCCUAUUCCAACAUUCACUCCAUCUCCAAGAGAUAAGAACCUAUCCUGAACCACUCUUUUGUCCACGAGCCUCCACCGACGUUGGACUUCGUGAUGGCUGUCGACGCCUUGAAACGCUCACAAAAGUCUGCAUGACUCUCCGCGAAAUUGCUGUGCUGAAGUCACAUGCAAAUUUGCUA